AUGAUCGAUGCGCAGAAGUUGGAGAGAAUAAAGGUGCGGUGUGGGUAUACAAAUGGGGUGUGUAUGAGCAGUGACGGGAGGUCGGGGGGUAUGGCAUUCUGGUGGAGAGAUAUCAAUGUGAGGGUCGCGUCGUAUUCGGACCAUCAUGUUGAUGCGGAGAUUCUUGAUCACAACGGCGAUGUGGCAUGGAAAGCGGCGGGGGUGUACGGGUGGCCAGAGAGGGAGAGGAAACACUUAACGUGGGAAAUGAUGGGGAACUUAUGGGGUGAGUGUAUGAGUCCGUUGGUUUUAUUUGGGGAUUUUAAUGAAAUUGCAGGGCCAUCGGAAAAGGAGGGAGGGGUGAGUAGAGGGGAGAGACAAAUGGACGCGUUUAGGGCUGCUAUGGAUCAAUGUAGGGUGCGGGAUUUGAGCUAUAGAGGAAGCAUUUUUACGUGGCAAAGGGGAUUAUCUACAACUACUGUUGUACGGGAACGCCUCGACAGGUUCCUGGCUAACGUUGCAUGGUCCACCCUUUUCCCCAACGCGGCUGUAAUUCACUUGCCUCGUUACCGUUCCGAUCAUACCCCAUUACUUCUGAAAUCCGAUUACUUGGGUGGUAGACAUCAGGUCGAAAGGUUGUUCAAAUUCGAGGCCCUUUGGCUCUCGAAGGAAGAAUGUGGUGAUGUAGUAGCAGCCUCAUGGCACGAACAAGCAGGGGGGUCAGUGACGGAGAGGAUAGAAAAUUGCUCUCAAGCUUUGUCUGCGUGGGCUGCGGGUACCAUUGGUAGUAUUAAAAAGAAGAUCAGGGAGGUGGAAAAGGAGCUCAAGGAGCUGCAAAACAGGUCACCUGAUGCUACGGUGAUCGAGAGGAGUACGGAGAUUUGUGGUAGGUUGGACGAGUUGCAUAUGCUUGAGGAGUCUUACUGGCAUGCUCGAGCUAGAACUAACGAGCUUCGUGAUGGUGAUAAAAACACAAAAUAUUUUCAUCACAAAGCGAGUCAGCGGAGGAGGAGGAACUAUAUUGCGGGCUUGAAUGAUGAGCUAGGGGUGUGGACAACGGAAAAGGUAGAGGUACAGAAAAUCGUUGCUCGAUACUUUGAUGGUUUAUUUGCAGCAGAACCUUCAAAUGGAGGUGAGGAGGCGUUAGCGGGCCUCGAACCGGUUGUCAAUGGGGAGAUGAAUGCACGGCUAGAUGCGGAGCCAACUGUGGAAGAGGUUCGUGAGGCUCUAUUUCAAAUGCACCCGAACAAAGCUCCGGGACCAGAUGAUAAUGCGUUGGUGGCUUUUGAGAUCUUCCAUGCAAUGAAAAGAAGGGGGGAGGGGAAGGAUGGGACGAUUGCUCUCAAACUUGAUAUGAGCAAGGCAUACGAUAGAGUGGAAUGGAGUUUCCUGGAAAGGGUUAUGUUUCGUAUGGGCUUUAGCGACAACUGGGUAAGGCGAAUUAUGGAUUGUCUUUCAAGUGUUUCCUUCUCUUUCAAGAUCAACGGGCAAAUAUCCGGGUCCGUGUAUCCGACAAGAGGGUUGCGCCAAGGUGAUCCUAUCUCUCCAUAUUUGUUUCUCUUAUGUGCUGACGCCUUUUCUACCUUGUUAUCUAAGGCUGCUAGAGAAAAUAGCAUUCACGGGAUCAUCAGUACUUAUGAAAGAGCUUCGGGUCAGAAAGUUAAUUUAAGCAAAACGGAUGUGGUAUUUAGCAAGCGGGUGGGCUUUGAGAGAAGGCAGGCUAUUGUGGAGACCUUGGGAGUACGAGAGGUGGUGAGGCAUGAGAAGUACUUGGGCUUAGCGACAAUCAUAGGCAAAUCCAAAAAGGUGGUUUUUGCGGGCUUAAAGGAGAGGUUGUGGAAGAAGUUGAAUGGAUGGAAGGAAAAGCUCUUGUCCCGUCCUGGCAAAGAAGUAUUGAUCAAAGCAGUUGCUCAAGCCAUUCCCACUUAUAUGAUGAGUGUAUUUAAAAUCCCGGAUGGUUUGUUGGAUGAGAUGCAAGCACUUAUUGCCCGGUUUUGGUGGGGUUCGUCGGAUACGGGUAGAAAGAUGCAUUGGCACAAUUGGGAAUCGAUGUGUCUACCAAAGUCAAUGGGCGGCCUAGGCUUUCGCGAUCUUAAAUGCUUCAAUCAAGCUAUGCUAGCAAAACAGGCGUGGCGACUUCUAACUGAUACCAAUUCACUGCUUCACUCGGUCCUAAAGGCACGGUAUUUUAAAAACGGUGACUUCAUUGAUGCAAGAAGGGGGUACGAUCCGAGCUAUACAUGGAGAAGUAUAUGGGGCUCAAAAUCGCUGCUGCUCGAUGGCCUUAAGUGGAGGGUUGGGAACGGACUAGACAUUGGUGUGUGGGAAGAGGCGUGGUUACCCGGCGAGGGCACAAGUUUGGUUCCAACGCCAAACCUGAAUUUUGACAGUGAGCUAAGGGUGAGUGAUCUUAUUGAUACGAAUGUGGGGGCCUGGAAUGAAGAGACAGUAAGGGAGAUUUUUAAUGAGGAAGAGGCUGCACUAAUCCUUGAUAUCCCCGUAUCCGAGUAUAUGCCGUCCGACCAACGUUACUGGUGGCCUUGCAAAGAUGGGGUGUAUUCUGUGAGAAGUGGGUACUGGUUGGCGAGGCUCGGGAAGACUCGAGCGUGGGCUACCUUAUACGGUCCAAGGGAGGAAAGAUUAUGGCGAUGUAUGUGGAAACUUACGGGACCUCCAAAACUCCGACACUUUAUAUGGAGAGCUUGCAAAGGCAGCCUUGCGGUGAAGGAGCGGCUACAUUAUCGGCAUGUGGUGGAUAAUAGUAAUUGUCAGGUAUGUAACUGCUCUAGUGAAACAAUCUUCCAUUCUUUGUUUGAAUGUACGGCUGCCCGUGUAAUCUGGUCACAAAGUCAGUUCGCGGACUUAAUAGCGGAGGCCCCCUCUACUUCUUUCCCCACGAUGUUCGAAUGGGUAGCAAGCAGGUUGAACGGAGACGAGUUGAGAUGGUUUUGCACAAUAGCGUGGGCUGCGUGGUUUUGUAGGAAUGAUAAGCUGAAUAACAAUGGCGUGGCUAACCCCAUCCAAAUAGCUGCGAACUUUGCAAAGUUGGUGUCAGACUACGUCGAGUACGCACAGUUGGUCUUCACACCAGCUCCUGGUGCAGCUAGAGGUAGCGCGUUAGGGUGGAAUACACCUAUGGAGGGGCACAUCAAAAUCAACUCUGACGCCCACAUCGCGGGCGGUUCUGGUGUAGGAUUGGGUGUGGUUCUGCGGGAUUCGGAGGGGCAGAUUGUGGCUGCAGGUGUGAGAAAGUUGGAUGCUAGAUGGGGUGUGGAACAAACCGAGGUGGCUGCGGCGAAAUACGGUUUACAGCUUGCUCACAGGUUGGGUUUCCCAAGGGUGGUGCUGGAGUGUGAUUCAAUGAAUGUUGUGCGUGCUAUCAACGAUAGAGCUGCUGGCUUCUCCCCUCUUAUGCUGUUUUAUGAAGAUAUUGCUAAAUUGAAAACCUCCUUUGAGUCUUUUAGCUGUAAUCAUGUUAGUAGAAAGUGUAAUACGGUGGCUCAUCUCAUGGCAAGAUGGAGUACCAAUGUCCGAGAGCUUGUUUUUGAGGACAAUUUCCCCCAAAGUCUCACCACUUUGGCGGGACUUGAUUUAAUAUAA